UGUCUCCUACCGUACUCGGAUCGGUUUUAGCUGCGAUAUCGAAGGCUAAUCAGCAGCACAUCGAGUGCUCAGUUGAACAAUGGCAUCAGCUCCAAGAGAACCUUAUAAAGUGGCUUCUUCGACCACUGUCCCUGAUAAUGACUCGGCCAAGGGCGUGAAUGUCGAGAAACAAGCCGCCGGGGAACAUCCCGAGCUUGAUCCCGUUAUCGACAAACGUCUCGAUCGCAAGUUCGACUUGCAUAUCCUCCCAUUUCUAUUCGGGAUAUGGCUCUUCUCCUUCAUCGACCGCAGCAACAUCGGCAACGCCGCCAUAGCCGGCCUCCGCCGCGACCUCGACAUACAGACCGGGACGGGCUUCAACGUGGCCCUGCUUGUCUUCUACGCCACCUACAUCGCCGUCGACGUGCCCAGCAACUGGAUCAUCAAGCGGGUCAAGGCCGGCAUCUACCUACCCGCCCUCAUCACGGUGUGGGGAGUCGUGUGCACGUGCAUGGGCUUCGUCAAGACCUUUUCGGCCCUGGUGGUGUGCCGUAUGCUGUUGGGACUGUUCGAGGGUGGCAUCCUCGGCGGCGUCAUCAUCUACCUCGCCAUGUUCUACCGUCGACACCAAAUGGUCCUGCGGUGCGGGCUGUUCUACUCGGCUGCCCCGCUGUCGGGAGCCUUUGGUGGACUGUUGGCCUCGGGGCUGGGACAGAUAUCGCAUGGUGGAUACAACAACUGGCCGUGGAUAUUUUUCAUCGAGGGAGCCAUGACGGUCGUAUUUGGGAUCCUCUGCUUCUUCUUUAUGCCAAACACGCCGGGAGAUUCCCGCUUCUUGACCCCGGAGGAGAGAGAGCACGCCCUUCGUCGCAUGCGAGAAGAUGCUAGCGGGUCGAGCUCCAUCGAUGUAGAUGACGAAAAGUUCAACUGGUACUGGGUCAAGAUGGCGCUCUUGGCACCGCAGACAUACCUUUUGUCGCUGCUGUGGUUUUUUCUCCUGGUGCCAUUAUAUAGCUUCUCCCUCUUCCUCCCGACCAUAAUAUACGGAAUGGGCUACACGUCCACGAUGGCGCAGCUCCUCACUACGCCCCCCAACAUGACGGGCUUCGUCUCGGUAAUCAUCUGCUCCUACCUGUCCGACCGCUUCAAGGUCCGCGGCCCCUUCAUAGCCGGCGGCACGGUGCUGGGCAUCAUCGGCUACGCCAUGCUGCUGGCGUCGGAGCGGAACCCGGUCAAGUACGCCGGUACCUUCUUCAUCGGGCUCGGCGUCUUUCAGUGCUCGGCGCUGAUGAUGGGCUGGUGCUCAAACAACCUCGCACCGCACUACGUGAGGGCCACCGGCGUGGGCGUCAUCAUCUCGCUCGCAAACUGCUCGGCUUUCAUUGGGACUUUUAUCUAUCUCAGUGAUCAUGCUCCGCGCUAUAUUCUCGGUCACGUAAUCGCCUUGGGAGCUCUGUGCUUGGCCCUUGUCCUAACCUGCAUCCUCACGGCGUAUCUGCACUGGGAGAACGGGAAGAGAGAGCGUGGGGAGCGACACCACAGAUUGCUGCAGUCUGAUGCGCACCGUUUGGGACAUCGUCAUCCCAGGUUUAGAUAUACAUUGUAAAUGGUAUUUCUUUUAGAGCAUUGACCGGCCAGCUAUUCCACAAUUAUCUUUUUG